UUUCAAGGAUGGCGCAGUGGAAGAUCGAGAAUUUUGGACCCUCGACAUACAAACGAUCCGACCCGUUCAAAAUGGGCAUCUGGAACUGGCAUUUAUCAGUGGAGAGGAAUCGAUAUGUGUAUAUUCGGCUGUUCCCCGAACCUACUCGGGCUUCCAAGGACCAGCCUCCAGGGGCAAAGUUUGUCCUAAGAGUCGCCGCUCCUUCAACCAACCGCCAACCCCUCAUCUCCCAAGUUUUUGACAGAGUUCUUCGGUCAAGCGAUGAUUUUGCUUGGCCUAUUGAUUCCAACCUUCAAGGACACCUCAUCAUUGAUGUUGAGUUCCAUGACCUAAAGAUCUACCAAAAAAAUGGUGAAGGAACUUCCAUAUGGCCUGGUGACAGUAUGAUGCAUUCUAUGGCUACCCAAACCACUCUUAGGUGUCUCUCUCGCAUGCUUUAUGAGUCCAUACACGCUGAUGUAACUAUCAAUACAGCUGAUGGAUCACUACAAGCUCACAAGGCAGUUCUUUCUGCCAGCUCUCCAGUAUUCCACAGCAUGUUCCUCCAUAACCUAAAGGAGAAAGUGUCAUCAGUUAUUAACAUAGAAGACAUGUCAACAGAUUCAUGCAUGGCACUUCUGGGAUACAUAUAUGGGACAAUUAAACAGGAGGAUUUCUGGAAACAUCGAUUGGCACUGCUAGGGGCAGCAAACAAGUAUGACAUUGCAGACAUGAAAGAUGCUUGUGAGGAAAGUCUAUUAGAUGAUAUUACCACCCUUAAUGUUCUUGAGAGGUUGCAAGAAGCCUGGGUUUACCAGCUGCAUAAACUGAAGAAAGGGUGCUUGGCAUAUUUGUUUGACUUUGGCAAGAUUUAUGAUUUGAGGGAAGAAAUUAAUAUCUUCUUCAGGCAGGCUGACAGAGAACUGAUGCUCGAAAUGUUUCAUGAAGUCCUCACAGUUUGGAAACCUUUAUAAGAGAUUGCUUGACUUGAACCACUAUUUUGUCUCCAGGUGUAGAUAGGGUGUGUGCUGGCAUUAAUAUCAUGGAUCGAUUCUUGUUAGCCGGCCUCAAAAUCUUUUGGGACUAAGGCUUAGAUGUUGUUUUUGUUGUGUGUAGAUAGGAUGUGCCUAAGUUUCGAAUGUCAGUUUGGGUGAAAAAUAGGUCUUUGACUCUUAUGUGCAGGAAAUGCAAAAUGUACCAGGUCAAAAUAUAGUGUUUGUAUUGGACCACGUUCUAGCCUAGAAGAGUUAUCUUUUGUUCUUUAUAAUUAGAGAACAGAUAAAGUUCAAUUCACCUGAUUU